GGACACGAGCCGGAACCAGAGAAGAAGGACACGAAGAAGAAGAAGAAGAAGAAGAAUGAGAAGAAGGUGUUUAGAUAAAUGAUUAGUUUUUGUUUUAUAGUCCGAUCUGAUCCUGAACACAAGAACACGUUAAACCGGUCCUGACCUGGUCCUGACCGACCCGGGGCGGAGCCGGUUAACCGGUGUCAACGAACAGAAGAAGAAGAAAAACGGGUCAGUGUCCCGGAAGUGAAAUCAUCGUGAAGUGUCUGCAGGCUAACCGGUGUUAGCAGUGCCACAGACGUUCAACAUGAGCAGCAGAGUGGAAAAACCUCGAGAGCAGGAGGAGCAGGAGGAGGACUUCUACGACUGCCAGGAGUCUCUGCAGCACCUCGACCUGAAAGAGAACGAGGAGGAGGAUCGGACCCAACAAAAAAAAGAAGGAGGAGCGUCAAAAGACUUUACAAGUGACAGAUUGACAGACAGAAGGGAAGGAGGAGGACAGGAGCAGGAAGACAGGCUGCAGGACGACAGGCUGCAGGAGGAGGAGCAGGACGACAGGCUGAAGGAAGAGGAGCAGGACGACAGGCUGCAGGAGGAGGAGCAGGGAGACAGGCUGCAGGAGGAGGAGCAGGGAGACAGGCUGCAGGACGACAGGCUGCAGGAGGAGGAGCAGGGAGACAGGCUGCAGGAGGAGGAGGAGGAGCAGGGAGACAGGCUGCAGGAGGAGGAGCAGGGAGACAGGCUGCAGGACGACAGGCUGCAGGAGGAGUCUGAUUCCGAGUUUAAGGAGGAACCCAGCUGUGAGGUGGAGUUUGAUGACGACUACCUGAGGGAGUUGGAGAAGGAGCUGACAGAGGAGGAGAAGGAGGGUCGACGGCAGCAGAGUUUAACCCUUAAAGAAAGAGGAAAUAUUCAGUUUAAAUCUGGAGACUGGGAGGAGGCUGAGCGGAGCUAUAAGGAGGCGCUGGUUUUAUGUCCCGUCUGUUUCAGCAGAGAGAGAGCCGUGCUGUUCUCCAACAGAGCUGCAGCCAGACUGCACCUGGACCUGAAAGAUCAGGCGAUCUCAGACUGUAGCAAAGCAAUAGAGCUGAAUCCAGACUACAUGAGGGCGUUGCUGAGGAGGGCAGAGCUUUACGAGCAGACGGAGAAGCUGGAUGAGGCCCUGGAGGACUACAAGAAGGUUCUGGACCUGGACCCAACCCACACUACCGCCAGACAGGCCUGCAUGAGGUUACCUGGGCAGAUUCAGGAGAGGAACGAGAAGUUGAAGGAGGAGAUGAUAAGUAAAUUGAAGGAUCUGGGAAAUCUGGUCCUGAGACCGUUUGGACUUUCAACCAACAACUUCCAGGUGAACCAGGACGCCUCCACGGGGUCCUACUCCAUCAACUUCGUCCAGGGCUCCGGCGGCAACAACAACAACAACAACAACACAUGAUGUCACACAGAGCUGUGAUGUCACACAGAGCUGUCAGGUGUGGGUGUGUACCUGUGUGUUUAAAUAAAAGCUGAUUAUUUGUUUA